UUCAGGGUGUACAAGCCAAAUUUUUCACAGGCACAUUGGUGCACCAGCAGAUUAUUAACCGACAGUUCUUGAGAGAAAAAAAAAUCCUCUGGAUCCUUGUUUGUCUACUUCACCUGUUUGAAAACACCCAAACAGCAGAGAUGAAUCAGAGCAAGACUGAGAUUGAGCCUUUUCAGUAUUCCAACUAUGACUACUCUGACUGGUACUCCAACCCAGAGCCGACCAAACUUCCGAAAGAAGUAAUCUUACCCUGUGACCCAACUGCAGAUGAGCGGUACUUCCAUAUAUGCAUGCUGUCAAUAUCUUUUGUGAUGAUGCUGAUCCUGGCAGUUCUCACCAAAAAAAACAAGUUGUGCCAGGGGUUCGCAAGAGGGUCAUCCAGCAUUUUCAGUCCAGCUAAUUUCCUGGACCAGACUCAACAGAAGGGCCUGGUCAUGGCUGUGUUUGGACUGGUCUUCAGUAAGCUGGCCAUGCUGAUGAUUGCCCCAGACCCACUGCCAUUCAUCAAAGAUACACCAGCGGGCAUUAAAGAGUACAUGAAGAUAAUUGCCAUUUUCUACUAUCCGGUCCUGUACUAUCCUCUGCUGGUGUGUGGCACUCUGCAGCAAAGUGCAGGUUAUGUGUUCGGGGCGCUUCUUUCCUUCACUCACUUUGGGGUUCUGGUGUGGCAGAAGUUUGACUGUCCAAAGACACCAGAGAUCUAUAAGUACUAUUCCCUCCUUGCAAGUCUACCACAGAUGGCCUGUCUGGCAUACCUUUGUGUUCAGUUUCCUGUGCUGUUUGUAAAAGGACCAAAGACUGAGGAGGACCUGGACAGCAGCUACUACACCGACUAUGUCAAGUCACUUCUCAAGAAAAAGUCCUCGACUGUUAGCUCUUCAGUGACAGAUAAACCGUCACUGGUAGAGAGAAUACUGGAGGUGCCGAAGAGUUACAUUUAUUUACCUGAAAAAGUGUUUCAGUUCCCACUGACGCUGGCAGUGUUGUCUUUUGUUACCUGUGUGGCCAUCUAUCACACCGCGCUGUUAUUGGUUGUCCUGGUGGUCCCAACGCUUCACAUAGUCCUCGCUGGAAUCGAUGAAAACAUCGCCUUCCUGUUGCUGGGAUUUGGGAUCGUCCUGUCAGACGACAGGAUGGAGGUUGUCAGAAUUGUGACUUUCUACACUUGGUUGCUGGAAGUGUGCUACCUCUGUGCAAUGACGCUGUCUUGUUUGGCCAGUCUUGUAAUGCUUAUGAGGUCCAUGGUUCUUCACAGGACAAACCUAAAAGGACUGUACAAGGGAGAUGUGUACAAAAAUUAUAACAGUCAAAAAACCAUCAGUCCAUCCAGAUCUGGUGUUUUCUGCCUGAUGGGUCUAACUGGAUACCAGGCUGCAAUCGUUUGCCUCGGAAUGGCAAUCCAGACCCUUGUGUUUUUCAUCUGCUUCUUGUUUCUGGUAUUUUUAAUCAUCAUCCCUAUUUUUUACGGCCGAAACCUAAUCGUUUUUGAAGUUGCUGGGAAGUCAUGGCCAGCCUGGGUGAUGGUCAUAGUGGUCUCAGCGCUUCAACAUGUGACCGCUGAGUUUUUCUUCAUCAAAAAGGAUGCUGGCACAACAGAUUUGAAUAAAAGAGAGAGUCUUUUUCUUCUCACCUACCUUCUGUUUGUGGUCAACAUUGUGGUGGGAUUGGUUGUUGCUAUUUGGAGAGUGGUGAUAACAGCUUUGUACAACAUUGUCCACUUUGGGCGGGUCGACAUUAGUCUCCUUCACCGCACUGCAGAGUACUAUGAUCCAGCAUACAGAUACUACACUCAGUUCCUGAAGGUGGAAGUCAGUCAGUCUCACCCUGUGCUGAAGGCUUUUUGUGGACUGUUGCUGGACAUGAUGGUUGAGGUUGGCAGGGCCGGACAGAAAGUACGGGAUGCAGAAGAAGGAGUCCAGGAGAACAGACCCAACAAGGCGGCCAGCAGUCAGAGGAUUUGUGCUCGCUGGCAGCUGCUGUACACGCUGGUGAACAACCCAUCCCUGCUGGGCUCCAGGAAACACUUCCAGACACUGCAGACGUCCGAGAGCGUCCGGAAUGGCACGCCCAACUGCACUUCCAAGCAGGGCAGCAGGAAAGAGUCAGGAAAGGUGGAAGCAGAGCCUGUGCAGUCCCCUGAGAGCGCAUCUAGUCAAGAUAAAACUGAAUGAGUGCAUUGGCCUGUGCGGCAGAGUCAGUAAUAUAUUCCAAUUAAAAUAAAUUAAGCAUGUAAUGCACUGAACAGGGGAACAGACGUUAUUGUAAGAGUUAUAAAAUUAGCUUUAUUACACAGGAAUUAAUGAGGAUUAAGUUUUGGCCUAAUUGAUAUACUUAGCUUAACAGAAUUUGAUCAAGAAGAAUGUGAUAAGGAGUUGGUUAAAUUGAAUUUACUCCCUGGCUCACUCUGUGUGGUCCUUAUUAUAAGAUGUUAUGACUCCAGUCAUUGUGUUGUAGUCGGUGUAUGUGCUGUAGAAACUGUUUUAGGCCCUAACUUUAUGUAACAUGAACAAUGGCCACCUCUUAAUGACAUUUAAAUGAUAAUAUAAUGAAUUGCAUGUAGAGUGUAGGUAGCUUCUUAAGUUAAGGGGCUACUUUGUGCUUACAAGUCUUCCAUUUUUAUCUAUGUCAGUAAACCCAUGCAGAAUUAUUUUGUCUGUAAAUGUUUACAGACAUGCUACUAUAUUCAAACCAGGCCUUCAUUGACGAGUUUGGAUCAGUUCUAAGAUUGAACAGGCUGCAGGAGGAGAUUGAUUGUUUUUAUUUUGCUUAUAAGCAGUCAGUCUUACAUUUUCGUCCAUAGGUAUUGGCAUCCCUGAUGUUAAUACUUUAAAGAACUCACUUGGCCAACAAGACAGUACUUCUCCUAUAACAUUUGACAAGAUUGGAGCAUACAGAGUUGUGGUCCAGAGUCCUGAGUCCACUCUGCUCUUUAGCUCACCCCACAGGUUUCUAUAAGAUUUAGGUCUGUGGACUGAGAUGACCAUGGAAGAAGGUGGAUUUUGUGUCUGGUGAGCCAUCACCAGACACAAGAGAGUUGGUUGCACUGCUGCACACGCUUUGAAGGGAACGUAAUGUUUGUGAGAGCUUUUAAAAGGCAGAAGCUGGUCCAGGUGCGGAACGGUGAUGAAUUACCAAACAAUCUAUGCUUUUCCUCAGUGGGGUAGAUGUAGUAGAGGGCUAUGAAACAGAACAUUCCUGGGGUUUGUUCCCAGGAGGUGGAGGUGUGUCCACCUGAUAAAAAAGUGGUUCAGAAUAAAAGUUUGGUUUACCUUGAA